AUCCAGGCUGGGGCCAGCGACUGUCCGCAGCAGCCAAGAGCCAGCCAUAAGAAUCCCCCGCAAGGUUGGUCGGCCGGUCAAACCGUUCCCAAUCCAGGUCGUUCAUGGCGAUUCAAUCUUUCCUAACGUGAUCGAUUCCGAACCAGCAGCUUUCGUCUUGUUUGCGAUUAUAGCUCGGGUCAUUCGUUGGUCGGAUUGACCACGCUCUGGCCGGUCGUCGUCGAGGCGAAAUGGAGCUCUUCUCCAAGAGCGUGUCGGCUGUCCGCGGCUUGCGUUCUCGCGCUGUUGGUAGUUGUAAGACGGGAGGUUCAUUGGAUCAUUAUGGCUUGACGAUGUAUACGACUUGUGCUAAGCUGUCUGAGGAUCCUUCGAAAGAGAGCUCCCCUUCUGAUAUGCUGAUCGAUUCUUUCGGAAGACUCCACACUUACUUGAGGAUCUCAUUAACGGAGCGUUGCAAUCUGAGGUGUCAAUACUGUAUGCCAUCAGAAGGCGUGGAACUUACUCCGAGCUCUCAGCUUCUUUCACCGAAUGAGAUCGUCAGUUUAGCAAACCUGUUUGUUACCUCUGGGGUCAACAAGAUUCGAUUGACUGGGGGAGAGCCGACCAUCAGGAAAGAUAUCGAAGACAUAUGCUUGCGGUUGUCUAGUCUUAAAGGGUUAAAGACACUAGCUAUGACAACAAAUGGAAUCACUCUUGCCCGGAAACUUCCCAAGCUUAAAGAUUUUGGCCUUAACUCUAUCAAUAUCAGCUUGGAUACACUGGUGCCAGCCAAAUUUGAAUUCUUGACCAGGCGCAAGGGGCAUGAGAAGGUCUUGGAAUCUAUCAAUGCUGCUGUUGGUCUUGGCUACAAUCCUGUGAAAGUAAACUGUGUUGUUAUGCGUGGCGUGAAUGAUGAUGAGAUAUGCGAUUUUGUGGAGUUGACUCGAAGUAGACCAAUUAAUGUGCGGUUUAUUGAGUUCAUGCCUUUCGAUGGAAAUGUUUGGAAUGUGAAGAAACUAGUGCCGUACUACGAAAUGCUAGAUAAAGUGGUUUCGAAAUAUCAAGGCCUUCAGAGAAUUCAGGAUCACCCUUCAGAAACAGCGAAGAACUACAGGAUAGAUGGGCAUGACGGUACGGUUUCUUUCAUCACGUCAAUGACUGAGCAUUUUUGUGCUGGUUGCAAUAGACUGCGACUUUUAGCGGAUGGGAACUUCAAAGUAUGCUUAUUUGGGCCUUCAGAGGUUAGCUUAAGAGAUCCCCUUCGUGCUGGUGCUGAGGAAGACGAGCUCAGGGAAAUAAUUAGUGCAGCGGUACACAGUUUGCUUUUAAUGAUUCCAUGGUCAAGAGAAAGAAAGCAGCGCAUGCUGGAAUGUUUGACAUUGCGAAAACUGCGAAUAGGCCAAUGAUACAUAUAGGUGGCUAAGAAGAGAUUCCUCAAAUUCUGAACUUAAUUUUCUGGGGCACACAAAGAAGGAUGCUAGGCAAUAGCACGCAACCUGGAGAAGGCCAGACAGCAGCAUGGCAUGGCAUGCUAUAUCUUUUUGUGCAUAUGUCUUUCUGAGAUGCCAUGUAAGCAUGCAAUACCUACCUAUUUUGCCAAAUGUUUUAUUGGCCAUACUAUAGAAAUAGCUCUUUCAUAAGCUUUACUCACCUUGCAAUUAUCAGGUAAAAUCAAAGUUAUUACACCUCUUUUCUUGCUAGUGUAAAAAAGGUGAUAUAAGUCUGAUCAUCAAGUAAGAUCUUUCA